CUAGAAGGAGAGAGGAGGGGCGCGGGGUAACCGCAGUGCACACCUCCCUUGCCUCAAGAUCUUUUGAGGCGAGCGUUUUGCUUCACUACCUCGCGCGCUCAGUCGUCAAGUGCCGGGCAAGCUUGCGCAAUGGCUCGCUCCGCGUCCCUGCUUUUCGCCUGCGCCGUCGCAGCCGUCGCCGCCCUGACGCUGGGCUCCGCCGUGCUGAGCUUCGUCGGCGGCGCCUCCCCGGCCUCGACGGGCCUGCGCGCCGGCCAGCGCGCCCCCGCAGUGGAUAUGCACUUCUUCGGCGGCCCGCCGGUGACGACCACCCCUCCGCCGCCCGCGGGCUUCAGCUUGGGGGACGUGGGCGGGAACAACUACGUGAUCUCGAUCACCAUCCUCUUCUUCGGGUCGGUCCUCGCGAACGCCAACGGCUUCUUCGGGCCGUGGUGAUCGGCAGACCAGACAUUUGCGAACGAGUGCGUGGUGUUCCUGGGACAGACGCAGUUCGAAUUCCCACUGCAGGAUUCGGCACCUUCGCCGCACUUGCGCGCAGGGGUGGCGGUGGCAAAGCACACUCACCAUGCAUCGCACUUUUGUUUCAUUAUCCCCACACAUUUGCGAACGAGUGCAUGGUGUUAGUGGGACGGAUGCAGUUCCGAAUCCCAUUUAAGGAUUCGGCACUUUUCUUGCACUUGCAUGCAUGGACGGCGGUGGCUUAACACACAUUCACCAUCCAUCACGCGUGUGUUUCAUUCCCCCCAGACAUUUGCCAACGAGUGUGUGGUAUUAUUGGGAGAGACGCACUUCGAAAUUCCAUGUAAGGAUUUGGCACCUUCUUUGCACUUGCACGCAGGGGCGGCGGUGGCAUAGCAC